AUGCCUCAGAUCACGGAAAUCUUCUUUGACUGUGAUAACACGCUCGUUCUCUCCGAGGAACUGGCUUUCGAAGCCUGUGCAGAUCUCGCCAAUGAAAUCCUCGAGACCCGCGGCAUCUCGGAUCGCUACACUGGCGACCAGCUGAUCAAGGACUUUGUUGGACAGAACUUCCGCGGAAUGAUGCUUUCCCUGCAAGUCAAGUACAAUUUCGAGCUGACCAAGGAAGAGCUCGAAUAUUUCGUCACCAAGGAGGAGGACAAGGUCAUUGCUAAGCUGGAAGCCAAGGCCCAGCCUUGCGUCGGUGCUAAUGAGGAACUCGACAAGCUUUACGCGUCGAAGAAGUACGGCCUUGCCGUUGUUUCAUCCUCUGCCCUGCGUCGAGUGCGCGCCUCAAUCAAGAAGGUUGACCAGGACAAGUACUUUGAUGAGGAUAAAGUCUUCAGCGCGGCCACUUCCCUUGAGAAGCCCACUUCCAAGCCCGAUCCAGCCAUCUACCUGCACGCCCUGAAGAAGGUCAACAAGACCGCUGAGGAGACCGUAGCUGUGGAGGACAGUAAGUCUGGGGCUCUCUCGGCUAUACGUGCCAAAAUCCCCGUCAUUGGAUACGUCGGUGCUUAUCCUCCUGAUAAGUAUGAUGAGAUGAGCAAGGUCCUUACUGACCUUGGCGCAAAAGUCAUCAUGAAAGAGUGGACUGAGUUCGAGAAGUGCAUGGAGUUGAUCGAGAACCUUCCGGCCGCUCAAUCCACUCUGUGA